UACAAGUUUAAUCAAUUCAUUCUUGAUGAAAUGUCGGAAUUUGGUGAUAUUCAGAAACUGGUUGAAUUAUUCAACCCAACUGUCAAUGAUAAUUCUGAUGAUUCUGACGACGAAGGCGAAAAACCAAGUAGAAUACCAACAAAGUCAGUUAAUGCAAAAGCUACAGAAAAUUCUGAAUCAUCGGGUCCAAAGAAAGUUAAUCCUUACAGUAAAAUAACAACAGAUGAAAAUAAACGAAGGGAAGUGUUAGAUCCAGAGGCAGAAGAUUUUAUCUAUGACGAGUUAGAGCAUGGAACGGAGUCGGAUUGGAAAAAAUCUCCGAACUGGGAUAUAACAUAUAAGCAGCAUGUUACAGCGUCUGAUGUGUUUCUGAGGAUGGGAUUCAAGAACCCCACGACUGCAAGUUGCGAAGAUAUGAUAAUUGCAAUCCUUCUUCCAGGAGAAAGUUAUCAAAAUAUAGAUUUGAGAAUUUACAAGAAAAAUCUCACACUGGUUUCACCUAGUUUUUAUUUGGACUUACCUCUGCCUCAUCCUGUAGAUCCACAGAAAGGCAGUGCCAAAUGGGACAGUGCUGCAGAAAAGUUGAUUGUUACACUGACCAUGGAUAGAGAAUUGGAUCUGGUUAAUUUCUGAUAUAAACGUUUUUAAUUUGCAUUUUGAAGGUUGUAAACAAGAAUUAUUGACGAAUAUUCCUCAUUUCUCUCUGUUUGCUAUCAGAAAUCAAUACUUUCGAAUAUUAUUUUUUAUAGUUUUCGAUUAAGUAUUGUAGUUACACAAAGCGCAUUAAAAACACGACAACUCGAA